AUGGCUGUGAUGGUGACUUCUUUUCUGGCAUGUGCUUUUAUAGAUAAUUUAAUGGGCUGCAAAAUUUCAACAGGUAAUAAUGAUUUUAAAUUUUUUGGUAGUACAGAAAUUGAUACUGUCAUCGAAGCAAUGAAUCAUGCAACAUUCGCUUACGAUGUUCGACAUAUAAUCAUAGAUAAUUUACAAUUUAUGACAUCAGAUUUUAAAGAAGUAAAUCAUGAAAAUAAUGGUGAAUUAAUAAAAGACUUUGACAGUGAAGUCAACACGAAAAAUGAUAAUUCUGAAUCUUUGGAUAUAGUCGAACAUGCUUUUGAAUCUCCUGAAAAAGCAAAUUACUUUAACGGAGGGCUCAAUAUUCCGACUGAAUCUUGGGAUAUGAUUGAAUAUGAUGAAUUAAUAUGUGGCUUUAAAAGUGGAAUCAACAUUAAUCCUCAAUAUUUGGAUAUAAUUGAAGAUACUUUAGAAUAUUUUGAAAGAAAAGAUGACGUUGACGGACCGCUCGAGAAAAUUGAUCAUCUUGGAAAUAGUUAUUAUGAAUGA